ACAUCAUCUGCAACAAGAUCCCAGGCCUGGCCCCACGGCAGCGAGCGAUUUGCCAGAGCCGCCCUGAUGCCAUCAUAGUCAUUGGAGAAGGGGCCCAGAUGGGAAUCAAUGAGUGUCAGUACCAGUUCCGAUAUGGCAGGUGGAACUGCUCAGCACUGGGAGAGAAGACCGUCUUCGGUCAAGAGCUUCGAGUAGGAAGCAGAGAAGCCGCCUUCACCUAUGCCAUCACUGCCGCUGGUGUCGCCCACGCAAUCACGGCUGCCUGCAGCCAGGGAAAUCUCAGCAGUUGUGGUUGUGACAGAGAGAAACAAGGUUAUUACAACCAGGAGGAAGGGUGGAAAUGGGGAGGAUGUUCUGCUGAUAUCAGAUAUGGCAUCGACUUCUCCAGAAGGUUCGUCGACGCCAGAGAAAUCCGAAAGAGCGCUCGGAGGCUGAUGAAUCUGCACAACAAUGAAGCCGGAAGAAAGGUGCUUGAAGGACGGAUGAAACUGGAGUGCAAAUGUCACGGCGUUUCUGGUUCCUGCACCACGAAGACUUGUUGGACUACACUACCCAAAUUCCGAGAGAUUGGAUAUAUUUUAAAAGAGAAAUAUAAUGCUGCAGUCCAAGUGGAAGAAGUCCGGGCCAACCGGCUUCGGCUACCAACCUUCCUGAAACUCAAGAAGAUCAGAAGCUACCAGAAGCCAAUGGAGACUGAUUUGGUCUACAUUGACAAAUCGCCGAAUUACUGUGAAGAGGAUGCUUCAACAGGGAGUGUGGGGACCCAGGGCAGACUCUGCAACCGUACGUCCCUCGGGGCGGACGGCUGUCGCAUGAUGUGCUGCGGAAGGGGCUACAACACUCACCAGUACACCAAGGUGUGGCAGUGCAACUGCAAGUUCCACUGGUGUUGCUUUGUGAAAUGCAACACCUGCAGCGAACGGACAGAAGUGUUCACUUGCAAGUAACCUUAAGAUGGAGCAACCUGAACAUGGACGCGACCACCACUUGGUCGUGUGGAACAAAAUAGCUACAGCAUCAUUUUGCACAUUUUUCUUUCUUUCUUUCUUUCUUUGGGGUGGGAAGGAGGUAGAACCAAUCUCUUAUUUGUUUCUUACUAACACAGUUGGAAGAACAAUGUGUAAUCUGUUGGCUAGAGUUGCUUUGAUUCCAUUAGUCCAAGGGACCCUGGGAUGGGAUGAUGGAUUAGGAUGAUGUUAUUCCAGGUGAGCAAUUUUUCCUUUUGAUUCCUCCUCCCCUUGCCCACUGCA